ACUCCCCCGCCGCCCCGGCCCCUCUCCGCGCCGCGCUCGCCCGGGACCUGGCGCACGGUCCCCGCGCUUAAUUAAAUUAAUUAAGGCGCACCGCGCGGCGGGCGGGCGGUGCCGUGGCCGCAGUGCCCCGCGGCGGGCGGGUUACCGGAGAGGACGGGAGGAAGGACGGGAGGAAGGAAGGGGUCCAUUCAGAGCUCCAUUCAGAGCUCCGAGGGGAGGUAAUUCGCCGGGAACAAGGGGCCGGCUUUGCAAAGUAUAAAUAGUGCCACUUCAAUCGCGGCGUCGCUAUCAGACCCCGGGAGCCCUGCACGUCGGGCGGCGCGGCCCGGCCCGGCUCGGCACGGCCCGGGGCGCCGCCGCCUCCCCGCCCCGUGGAUGCCCGCCCGGGGAGCCGGGGCAGCGCGCCCCUGAGCCAUGGAGGAGCUGACGGCGUUUGUGUCCAAGUCGUUUGAUCCCAAAGCCAAGGAGAAGAAGGAGCUCAUCACCUACCGCGAGGUGCUGGAGAGCGGGCCCCUGCGCGGCGGCGGCGGCCCGCGGGAGCCCGGCGGGGCGGCGGCGGAACCGGGCCGGGAGGACACGGGCAGCCCCGCGGCGCGGCCGGCCGGGCGCUCCCCGCAGCGGGAACCCGACGCCGCCGCCGAGAGAGCGGCCGAGGCGGCCACCCCCAAGCUCAGCGACGUGUCCCCAGAGCUGAAGGAGCGCAAGGAGGAUGCGAAAGCGAUGGAAGACGAAGGGCAGACGAAAAUCAAGCAGAGGAGGAGCCGGACCAAUUUCACCCUGGAGCAGCUGAACGAGCUGGAAAGGCUUUUCGACGAGACCCACUACCCGGACGCGUUCAUGCGGGAGGAGCUGAGCCAGCGGCUGGGGCUCUCCGAGGCCAGGGUGCAGGUUUGGUUCCAGAACCGGCGGGCCAAGUGCCGCAAGCAGGAGAACCAACUGCACAAAGGGGUCCUGAUCGGUGCCGCCACACAGUUCGAGGCUUGCCGGGUGGCUCCUUACGUGAACGUGGGAGCGCUGAGGAUGCCCUUCCAACAGGUUCAGGCGCAGUUACAGCUGGACAGCGCCGUGGCUCACGCUCACCAUCACCUGCACCCUCACCUGGCCCACGCCCCUUACAUGAUGUUCCCCGCUCCCCCCUUCGGCCUCCCGCUGGCCACCCUGGCCGAGUCCGCCUCCGCCGCCUCCGUGGUGGCCGCCGCCGCCGCCGCCAAGACCACCAGCAAGAAUUCCAGCAUCGCCGACCUCCGCCUCAAGGCCAAGAAACACGCCGCAGCCCUGGGGCUGUGACCGCGUUGCUGCUGCUUUAUUUUUGCUUUAUUCUUUUUUUUUUUUUUUGGGAAAAAAAAAGUUAAAAAAAGGAAAAAAAACGGAAAAACGACAGGAGAAACGGACGGGUGAUAUAUACUUAUUUAAAGAAUUAGAGGACGCGCAGCUGGGAAGUUCACAGGUUUUGAAACUGACCUUUUUCUGCGAAGUUCACUUUAAUACAAGAAAUUUGAUAAGAGAGGCGGGCCUCCUUUCACGUUGCAUCAGGUAUUUGAGUUUAACAACCGCGUCUGGAAUAGCGACAAAAAAAUAAAAAGGAAAAAAAAAAAAAAAAAAAAAGAAGAAAGACUACGACGAACAGAAAAAAAAAAGGAAAAAAAAAAAAGACAAUGAUUUCUCUGCGAAUUUCUAAUGGGAAACUGUCCGGGAUACUUCCUCCAGCAGCAUUCCGGGUUGCAUGUAUUUGUAUUUCAUUGAUGGAGUCCUUUGAUUCACUUGCACUUCACCCUCAUCUUUAGUAGAAAAAAAAAAACACCGAGACAACCACAAAAGCAAACAAACAAACGUGGCUGGGUUCUUUCUCCUUUAAUCUUGGAGGGAAGCAGGCAGAGCGAGGCAGAUCAAGCGCUACCUUUUUCACUCUCACGUCUUUGUUGGUCCUUCGCUGUCCCACCUCUGAAAUAAAAGGGAGCGGAAAGCGUCAGGAGAGCGGAGUUUGCCUCUCUUUGCCGGGGCUCUCCCGUCCUGAGGGCAAAACUAAAUGAAAAAAAAAAGGAAAAAGAAAAAAAAAAAAAAAAAAAAAAAGUAUUUAAUUCCCAACCACCACUUGACACCACGGCAAAUUCCAAUAAGAGGUACUGGGUACAUGUAAAAUAUGUUGAUACACACGAACAAAGUUUAUUUUGGCUAUAACUUGUGAAUUGAUAGUUGACUGUCAAGCAUUUACAUUUUAUCUCAUAAAGGUGUAUCUAUUCACGUAACCUUGUGAUUUUUUUGGUUAUUAUUAUUAUUAUUUGAGAGACGUAUAGCUAUUUAACCUGGGGUACCCUGCAGUCAGUGAUUGUUAUCCCAGAUUUUGCCAUCUGACCCUCAUGAUUAUUGCCAAGACAGAGGGAAAGCUCUUCUACGCGAACUUUGGUAUGGACGGGCUUUGUAUCUAUUUGUUCUCCAUGAAAACAAAAUUAUUUAUAUUGACCAUAUUUUUUCUAGUGUAUUUUAAGUUAUUUAAAAAAGAAAAAAAAAAAGAGAAAAAAAAAAAAAAAGCAAGAUGCUGUUAUCUCAUUGCAUUUGUUGUCAGUACAAUAUAUUUUGUUUCACUCAGGUUUGCUUCACCUUUUUUAAUCCAUUUUCGACGUCACGAAUUUCAAUAAGUGCCAAGUAAUGAAUUUAAGACACUUUGCCUAUUGACUGAAGGGGGGACGGUGCCAGCUCCGUGCCGGGACUGUCGGUGUCCAGCAGCGGUGAUGCUCUUUUCUUUCCCAUCUUCUCACCUCCUGUAGAUCCCGCACGUUUCUUUCUGCUCCGUAGAUGUCGCGACACGCCGAUAGCGCUCAGCACGACGAGGAAGCGCCUCUCACCUGCGCGCAGCUUUUUUUUUAUUUAAAACAUUUUUUUUCCCCUCUGCUUUUCUAUGAGUUUCCCCGAAUUUCGGCUGCGCAAACCGGGACGUUCGCCUUGUGGGAGCCGAGCCGGUGGGCGCUCCAUAGCAAUUGUGUCUUUACGAGUUCUGUCAGGUUCCCUCAGGUAAUAAAAGCGAGCAAAGAG